GCGACAGUCAAUGGCCUUGUUCUUGGGAUCAUCAGGCUAAAUCACUUUCCAGAAGUCAUUUGUAGCAGGCAUCAUGGAAACGAAUGUUGCAGGGGGCAAUGCUGGCCGGACUAGCGGUAACGUAGUCGAGAGGACCGAUUCCGUGGUCUUGGAUAGAACGAGCGAGCAGGUCGCAGCCGUGCAUCCACGCCCUCGCAACCAGGCGGAGGGGCUGAGGACUUUUCGCGCGAUAGGUAAUCGCGAUGAGGCUGAGGCAUAUGCAGUGCAACAUCUACCCAGGUACUUCGUUGAGAAUUACAAGCCGAUGCAAAGGCAGCUGAUGAAGAAGCGUCGGCAGGCCAAGGAGUAUAACCCGGGCUAUCGGCAGAAGCCCUGGAAACUCCCCCGGGCGCUCGAGCAGUGGAAGAACAAUGUUGUCGCGAAUGAAGGAGGCCCAUCGGUGCUGCUGCUCGUUGGAUCUCCUGGGGCGGGCAAAACCCAGUGGGCAAAGAGCUUUGGGAGGCCCGUGGAGAUGAAUCGCAAGUGGGAACCUGACGCCUUUGCCGACGGCAGCACUCACUUGGUCAUGAACGACAUGAAAUGGGUUCCCUCUGGCCCCUGGGCAGAGCUUUUGAGCUGUCGGGAGUCUUUCGAGGUGAAAGGCAGGCGCGGAAAGAAGAAUAAGACCUUCACCUUCGGUAAGCCGGUCAUCGUGACCUGCAACGUUGACAACGAUCCCAGGAAGAUCCGCAGGGUUGCGGGGCUUUUCAGGGGCGAGCUUGUUGUGGUUGUUGAAUUGGGAUCGAGGGAGAUGCUUUAUUAGGAAUUACAAGAGGCCCACUCAGGAGAUGGAUGCUGGAGGAUUAACAUAGAUAUUAUCAUUUCAUUGUUGAUGUUAUGGAAUAGACAACUUAGCAGGUUGGCAAAGAGUGUCAAUUCCACUAUUUUUGCGUCG